AUGAAGCCUCCAUUUCCGUGUAUCUUUUUGUCAGUGGUACUGAGAGCCAGAUUUAUUCUGACACAAACGCACCACCCUGGAAAUGUGGGAGCAUCCGCAAGGGCACUGAAAACCAUGGGCUUUGAUGAGCUUGUCCUAGUGAAACCCCACGAUCCCAAAGUUUUGAUUCGGAAAAAAUGUAAGGACAGGGCCAGUGGCGCAGCUGAUGUCUUGGAUGGAGCCAAAGUAUAUGAAGCCUUGCAUGAAGCAUUAGAAGGUACGGAUGUUUGGUGUGGCACUGGAAUGCCCGUGGAUAUGGCACAAUCGCGGGACUUGAACGAACGACAAUUUUGCGAACCUCGGCCCUUUUUGGAAGACUUGGCGCGUGCCACUGAAGCCAAAUCGAUUUCCUUUGUUUUUGGGAAUGAACGAGCGGGAAUGUCAAAAGAAGAUAUUGAGCUAUGCCAUGUCAUGCUUGGUAUUCCGACGAAUCCUACCUUUGGAUCUCUCAAUCUUGCUUCAGCAGUUCAACUCAUUGCUUAUGAUUGCCGGCAGGCACUGGGAGGGUUCAAUUCGGGCAACGACGAGGACGAUGGUUAA